AUGGACACGUUCAGGUAUAUCAAAGCAGUAAAUAGACCGGAAAUCAAUACGCACCGGACAGUCCAUGUGCCUGUCGGCGGUCCGGCGCUCUCUAAACAAGCAGACUCGCCUCAAGCUGAAGUGAUGCCACAAGGACUAUACACCAUCGACGAGGGCGACCCUGCAGGCGAUCGUGUUAAUAUCCUCUCUAUCCCACAGCAUCAAGAGUUUGUUGAAUGGGAGAAGAAGGAUGCCAGACAGAGACAAGGGCCAGACAGCCUUGUUAUCCUCAGCACCAGCGAACUGAAGCUGCUUAAUACGACAAUCGUCAAGAAGAUUGAAGUCAUGCCUCCAUACAUCUCACCACCGAACACGCCAACCAGCGCUGACCAAGGUCAAUAUCUCGACGAAGAGACGAAACAGCAAAUCAAGAAUGCCAAAGGCCUCGAUUUACUCAACCUUCUUCGCUCCCAGCCAGCAUGGCAUGCCGUUUCCAUUACCAACGACCCAGCACUCUUUAACGCACGAGAUAACCUGUCGGACUAUUACCACAUGCCAGUUAUCGAGGAUCCGCGCGCUGAUGAAGAUGAUCUCGAUCUCUGCAACUUAUCAAUUUCAUCCGCCUCAGACUCCAUUCUCUCCGACUCUGACGAAAUCACUUUGAACCCACCCCGGCGGAUGAGCCACCCACAAUCUAUCAUCCUUUAUCUCUUCGGCAAAGGCCAAUCCGAAUGGGAUAUCGCCAAAAUCCUUGGCUUCUUUGAAGAGAAGUUUUUUGAGGUGUCUUCCACGUGUGUUUACAAGGAUAUCAUCAUUCCAGCCCAUUGGGACUUGAACGACCGCAUUGUGGCAAAGCUGAAGGAGGUUUGCGUCCCUGAGGAGAAUCUGCAUCCGUGGUGGGAGGGCGAGUUUGAUAAGCAGGGGCUAAGGAUUCCGAAGUGUUUCCGUGCUCUCCAGCGGCUGGCGAGGGCUAGGCCAAUUACUAUUAUGGUUGAGGAGACAGUAGAGGAAUACCUGUAUUAUAGAUUGGCUACUGGAGAAUAG